AUGUCAGAUGCUUCAUCGACGUCCGUCGCGAACGACGACGGCCCUUCCUUGGUCAGUUUACUCUCCAAUUAUGAAGCGCACGUCUAAAUUUCGCAAAAUUUCCAGGUUGGCACAGAAUCGUCAGAACAAAAGAGCAAAAGCCCUCCACCUCUUCCAAGCUCUAAGCCUGUUGUGAGAACUGAUGCCGACGAAGUUGCGAAAGCGACUGAUGGUGAUUCACUCACCGUUUUCGAAUAAAGACAGUUGCUUUUCAGUUCCGACGGGCGAUCUCAUCAGAUUUGAAAGCGAAGAAGAACGGGCGGCAACAGUCGAAAACGGAGGUGUUCCGACCGGCUCGGCUACCUCCUCGUCUACUCCAAUAGAGCAAAGUUUGCCGAUGGAGGAUCUUAUGCGUGCUUUUCUGAAAGAGGACGAAGGAUUAACCGAGCAAGACUAUUUGCGAAGAUUUUAUGUACGUAUUUUUCCAUUACUUAUUUUAAUGGGUUGCCAAGUAUUUCAGCAAAUACGCAUCGAACAAGAUAAAAUUCGAGCAGAGCCCGAGUACAAGUCCGAUCAGGCUCUAGCGCAAACAUACAGAAAUCGGUAUAGAGAUGUUCUGCCAUGUAAACCCUAUACAAUGGGGAUUUCGAGUUCACAUUGUAUCAUUUUCAGAUGACCAUAAUCGAGUUGCUAUCGGGACAAACACUGACAAUCCGGAAGGAUAUGUGAAUGCAUCGUUUGUCUCGGUUCCAAAUGGGAAAACGAACUUCAUCGCUGCACAAGCCCCUCUCUUGACGACAUUGGAAGAAUGGUGGAAGAUGAUUGACGAGCAGAACGUUCAUCUAAUUGUGAUGCUUUGCAAGCUGAUCGAACAGAACAAGAUCAAGUGCGAGAGAUACUAUCCAGAAGUUGUUGGAGAAAGCGAUCUGUUCGGAGACUACGAGAUCACCCUGCUGGAGGAGAGAACAUUCGAAGAUAAUGACGAGUAUCUGAUGCGCGUGCUGAAGCUGGAGAACCACUCGAAAGGACUGAGCCGGAAGAUUCACCAGCUGCACUAUCGUGAGUGGCCGGAUCACGGAUGCCCAUCUGGAGUGAAACAACUACUGAGCAUGAUUGAGCUUAUGGAAAGCGUCCAUGUGGAAAACGCCCCUGAAGCUCCGAUUCUGGUGCACUGCAGUGCUGGCGUUGGAAGAACGGGCACCAUCAUCGCUGUCAACCAUUUCAGAGAGCUGAUAAAGGCGAAUGCGCUCCCCUCCAUCGAUAUCUUCAGUCUUGUGGUAACAAUGCGCAAGCAGAGAGCAAGCAUGGUGCAGACACAUGUGAGAUUUGGAAUCUUGGCAGCUGCUCGUUUAAAUUCUCCGAUUUUCAGGAUCAGUUCAUGUUUGUGCACAAAUGCAUCGCUUCUUACUGCCGUCGACAUCUGGGCCUCCCAGAACCAAAGCCGGAGGACAUGACAGCGGUUCGGAAGAUAUCUCUGACAUAUUUCGUACAAUCCAAACAGUUUCAGAACCAAUUUCUGAUCGACGCCAGCGGAUUCGUCCGACUUAUCGCUCCGCCCACUCCGACCAAUAUUGAUCAGACGGGCACAAUAUACAAUCCAGGUUCGGCGACGCAGCCACCAAUAAAAGAAGACGAGGACGCCAUCAAUGUGCCGGAUUUUCCGGAAGAGCCGCCUGCCCCGAUGGGGCCGGAGGAUCUAGGCAGCAGUGCGGCGUUGUAAAUGUGAGUUAUUCUGUUUGUAGUUAUUAUGAAUUUGUUUCGGUGUUCUGUUAGGGGAACGUAAAACAGUCCUGCAUCAUUACAGAACGGUUGAUUUUGCGGAAAUGUAGAAUUUUCCAUCAGGUUUGACUUCAUUGUUUGAAACUUCUUUUCCAAUAACCUCUCCCGAAUGUAUUCCCACAUCAUGCUUCUCUCCCUCUCCCCAUUCACAAAUUUUUCCUUACAUUUCCGGAAAAAAACACCUUCGUCCGGCAAUGGAACACGAAUAAAAACACUGUUCCGCACUCCUGCUUUUCUCUCCCACAGUCCCCAUUAGAACUUUCACGACCGAAUCCACUAAUCCGUUCAUGUUUCAGCCUGAAGUCUCCUCGAUCGGUUCUACUUCAUCAACAACUGCUUUCCGUUCCACCAUCGACUCUCUCGUCAACCGUGCUUCCACCGCUUUCCGUGAGCAGAAGGGCCGUCUCGAACGUGGGACGUCCCGUUUUCUCGACUCGCUCAAGCGGUCGGCAAGCACGCAGAGCAGUUCGUCUUCCUCCGAUCCAUCAUCCUCCGAUCCAACCUCAUCUUCCACCCCUUCCACAACUUCUUCAUCUUCCUAG